UCGGGCCACGGUGCUAACGCUCCUCUCCUCGUCCUGUUGCAGACCCUGCUCCAUUCCUCACCAUGGGUGACAUGAAAACUCCGGAUUUCGAUGACCUGCUGGCAGCUUUUGAUAUUCCUGACAUUGACACCAACGAGGCCAUCCAUUCCGGCCAUGAGGAAGCCGAUGCUCACAUCAAGCAAGUCCCUGGAGAGCCGGGCCCCCCUGACCACGUCCUGCCCCACACGGACAUCACCGCUGUCAGCGUGAUCGUGAAGAACACGGUCUGCCCCGAGCAGCUCGACACCCUGGACGGGCGCAGCAAGGACGGGCACGUCAUCGGCUCCCGCUUGCUGCAGAAUGGCUUUGGGGCCACUGAGAUGCCCAGGUCCCCCCCCUCCAGGUCUGUGGAAGCUGUAGCCUCCUCCAACGGGGAGUGCUGGGUGAAGGAGAAAGGCCCCAAGCCCCUGGAUAUCUUCUCCCAUUUUAGCCCCGAUCCCAAUGAAGACAACGCUGCCAACCUGAUCGACAGACCCCGGGAGUGCAAGGCGAAAGAGAAGUCCCUUGCCGUGCCCUCCCUCUCCCCAUCUCCCACCCUGUCCCUGGACUGCAAAGAGCCCAUGGGGGAGAACCCGGAGAACCUGCCCCCUGCUUACCCGCAGGCCUUUGAGAGCGGCCAGGCCAGGGGUGCCAGCGGGUCCCCUUCUGCCAUCUCCCGCAUCAAGAAGGAGGAGUCUGACUCGGAGGAUGUGGGCCGCGAAGCCAGUCCAAAGGGUUUGGCUGCAGCCCUGGGGGACAGCCCCUUGGAGCACCUGAAGUCAGUCACCGUGCGCUACGCCGCCGAGGAUUCUCCCAUCACGUCCUGGCCUGGAUCUGACCCAAACCUGGACAGCAGCACCAGCAACCUUCCUGAAGUGAAGCACUCGCCCGCCAGCCCCCGGGAGCCGUUCUUCAAGCCUUCCUCUCCGGUGGUGCAAAGCCCCAGGCUCCCCCCGUCUCCAAAGCACCUGGACAGCAUUGCCCUCAAGGAAGAGCACGAAGUUCUGGACAAGUCCAUGGGAAGCCCGCAGAGCAUGUCCAGUGCUGAGGAAGAGGAGGAGGAGGAAGAAGACAACACCAACGAUUCCCCCUCCUCCAACUCCUCCCGGCCCCUGAAGGUGCGGAUUAAAACCAUCAAGACGUCUUGUGGCAGCAUCACCCGCACUGUGACCAGGGUCUCCUCAGAUUCCGAGCCUGGCUCCACCAAGGGGCCCCCUGAGCACAGCUCUCAAGAGACCUCUCUGGAGGGCGCCAGCUUCUCAGCAUCGGCAGACAAAGAGGAAGGGAUCGUGCUGGAGGUGUCCAAGGACAAAAUGGAGCUCUCCAGCCCCUUGAAAAGCACGGAGGGGCCCAAAAUCGUCAGUGUUCAGCUGGGCAACGGCACCAAGCUCAAAGGGACUGUCCUGCCCGUCUCCACCAUCCAGAACGCCAGCAGCGCCAUGCUGAUCGCCGCCAGCGUGGCUCAGCAGAAAUCCAUGGUGCUGCCAGCAAAGACGGGUAAGGCCGUGGCCAAGAACAUCAUCAACCUGGUGCCGCAGACCCUGCCCAAAGCCGACACCAGGACCAACGUCAGCACCGUGACGCAGACCGGCACCGUCACCACCACGGCCAACCAGAAAGUCAACGGCACCACGGUGGUGAUGGUGCAGCCGCAGAAGCCUUCCCCUACCCUUGCAGGCACGGUCAUUUCCCGGAGCCAGUCCAGCCUCGUGGAAGCCUUCAACAAGAUCCUCAACAGUAAAAACCUCUUGCCAACGUACAAACCCAACCUGAACCCCCCGGCCGACGCCAGCCUCGCGCUGCCUCCCUUCGGCUACCGCUGCCUGGAGUGCGGGGACGCCUUUGCCCUGGAGAAGAGCUUGGCUCGCCACUACGACCGGCGCAGCAUGCGCAUCGAGGUCACCUGCAACCACUGCACCAAGCGCCUCGUCUUCUUCAACAAGUGCAGUUUGCUGCUGCACGCCCGCGAGCACAAGGACAAGGGGCUGGUGAUGCAGUGCUCCCAUCUGGUUAUGAGGCCCAUCGCCCUGGAUCAAAUGAUCGGGCAGCCCGACAUCACCCCCCUGGUCUCAGUGACCUCCUUCCCGGCUAGCAAAGUGACUGGUGUGGCUCAGGAUGCCUUGGCCACGGCCAACGGGGCUCAGGACCUCCCCAUCCUGCCUCUGAGCAACAGCUCAGAGCAGACCAACUACAGCUGCUUCAGGUGCCUGGAGUGCAAAGAGCAAUGCAAAGACAAAGCCGGGCUGGCCGCGCAUUUCCAGCAGGCAGUGACCACGGGGACAAGCAGCAGCACGGUUUGCACCACGUGCCCCAUGAUCAUGUCCAACCGCUGCAGCUUCAGCGCCCACCAGCGCAUCCACAAGAGCCGCCCGCCCCACGUCUGCCCCGAGUGCGGGGGGAACUUCCUGCUGGCCAACUUCGAGGCGCACCUCAAGGACGCCUGCCUGCACUUCUCCCGCAGAGUGGGCUACAGGUGCCCCAGCUGCGCCGUGGUCUUCGGUGGGGUCAACUCCAUCAAGUCCCACAUCCAGACCUCCCACUGCGAGGUGUUCCACAAGUGCCCCAUCUGCCCCAUGGCGUUCAAGUCCGCCCCCAGCGCCCACGCGCACGUCUACACGCAGCACCCUGGCUUCGGCAACCAGCAAUCCAAAAUGAUUUACAAGUGUGCGAUGUGCGACACGGUUUUCACCCACAAGCCCCUGCUCUCCUCCCACUUCGACCAGCAUCUCCUUAACCAACGGGUCAGCGUCUUCAAGUGCCCGGACUGCCCGCUGCUCUUCGCCCAGAAGCGCACCAUGCUGGAGCACCUUAAGAACACCCACCAGCCCCAGAAGCCCAAGGAAGACCUGGCAAAGAAGGCGGCCAUCCUGCUGACGCCGAAGCAGGAGCCUCUGGAAACGCCCGUGUCCAAGAUCUCGGAGUCGUCGUCGUCCUCCACGGAGGAGGACGAGCCCCCAAGCUCCCCGGAGCUGCGCAAGACCAAGCGGAGCCGCUUCCAGCGCAAGACGGUCAACAAGUCCAAAGGCAGCGGCUGGACGUGCGGCGUCUGCCACUCCUGGUUCCCCGAGCGCGAUGAGUACGUCUCCCACAUGAAGAAGGACCACGGCAAGUCGGUGAAGAAGUUCCCGUGCCACCUCUGCGAGCGCUCCUUCUGCUCCGCUCCCAGCCUCCGGAGACACGUGCGAGUGAACCACGAAGGGAUCAAGCGCGUCUAUCCCUGCCGGUACUGCACAGAGGGCAAAAGGACCUUCAGCAGCCGGCUCAUCCUGGAGAAGCACAUCCAGGUGCGACACGGGAUCAAGGUGACCGACCAGACCAAGAGCCAGGAGGUUGUUAUCGCCCGGAUAGGGACCGGCCCCAUGCAGGCGUCCGGUCGGAAGCGGAAGCUGUCGUCGGAUGAAGGCGAUUCCUGCAGCGAGGAGCCCGACAGCACCACCCCUCCCUCCAAAAGCUCCAAGGGCGACCGCAGGGCCCCGUUGCGGUGCCGCAAGUGCGGGUACCUGGCCAGCAGCUCCGCCGACUUCCAGGAGCACAUCCCCCAGCACCGGACUGACGAGAGCUCCCACCAGUGCCGCGAGUGCGGGCUCUGCUUCACCUCCCAGGUCUCCCUCAACCGCCACCGCUUCAUCACCCACAAGAAGAAGAAGGGAACGGGCGAGCUGGAGGAGCCGGGGCCCCGGAGCCCGCUGGAAGGAGGAGCGCCGCACGCGGGCGACGGGAAGCUCUCGUGCAAGGUGUGCGGGCGCUGCUUCGACAGCCAGCUCAACCUCAAGACCCAUUUCCGUACCCACGGCAUGGCCUUCAUCCGGGCCAGGCAGAACGCGAGCCCCGAGAACUAGGGAGCGCAGGCAGCGGCAAGGAGACGUGUACAUAGCGAGCAGG